CGGUCGCAACCUUCAUCAUGUCCGACCCGCUCCUCUUCGAAGACACCUUCACGAUCACCUCGAUCAACGCCCAGAAGUAUGACCGCGUCUCCCGUCUUACCUGCAACUCGAACGAUGCCUCCCUCACUUUUACCCUGGAUGUGAACACUGAGUUGUACCCAUGCGCGGUCGGCGAGUCGCUGUCCCUCGCUCUGGCCUCGACUCUCUCUCUUGACGGCAAGGAGGACACCCGCGCCAGCUGGAGGGAGGUCAGCAUGGGUGAUCAGACCCUAGCGGAUGACUACGAUUAUGUUUGCCACGGCAAGGUGUACCGCUUCGAGGAGGGUGCCACUAAGGAUACCAUGGCUGUCUUUGUGUCCUUUGGAGGUCUUCUGCUCUACCUGGAAGGUCCCUACAAAAAGCUCGCUCCGUUGAGAAUCGAUCACGUGUACUUGCUGCUUAAGAAAUAAGCUUACGAUUGUUGGAACUCUCUUUUUUUGCUUACGACCUUGGCAUAGGAUGAGAUGGAUCUUGGAUUGAUCUUGAGGCAAAGCCCGAAUGGGGGAAAAGUCGGUGUAUUUAAGCCGGACCGAUGUUCAUAUCGUUCUUAUGGGGUGCAGCGCAGGCGUUCUUUGCAUUUUGAUUUGGGAAUACCAAUAGAUUAUCAUAACAAUCAUGAUUUUCAUGGGAUCGACGAGAUGAACAUUGACAGUUCGAUAAC